AUGCUCUAUAGUUUCCUUUCUUGUUUACUUAUCCUGCUGUUUUUUGUCUGUCUGUCUGUCUUUCUUUCUUUCUUUAUUUAUUUAUUUAUUUAUUUAUUUAUUUAUUUAUUUCCAUUGUUUUUUCUUUUGUUCAAUAUUUUCUUUUUUAUCUAUUUCUUUUUUGAUCUGCAAUUUAUCCCUCGCUUCGUUCCUUCUUUCUCCUUCGUUUUUAAUCUCUCUGCUCUUUUUCUUAGUUUCUUUCUUUCUUUUGCUCUUAUUUUUAUUUCCUUGUUUCUACAGCUUUCUUCUCUCUCUCUCUUUAUUUUUUUUUUUUUUUUUUUUUGCAGGUUCCUUCUUUUGUCCGAAUUUACUUUCUCCUUUUCUUGUUUAUUUUUUUUUUUUAAAUUAUUCAGCUUCCCUCUUUGUUUCUUCUUUUCUCUCUUCGGCAUAUUUCUUCAUUCCGUCGUUCGCCAAAUAAAAUAUUCUUUAUUUGUUUAUAUUCUAUCUUUCUACUUUCUUUUCUCGUUUAAAAACGUUCAUCUACCUUAUAUCUAUCUAUCUAUCUAUCUAUCUAUCUAUCUAUCUAUUGCAAUGUUUUCCACAUUGAGCUGCUCUUAUCUAUCUAAAGCCCUGAUAACACAAGUUGUUGACAGUACACAGUCGAUUCCCCCCAUCCACCUAGAAUCCUUCUGCCAUUGUAAUGACAUCCACGAUUGGGUCUCGCCUCUCUUUCCUUUUCUUUCCUUUCUCUUUUUCCUUUCUUUUCUUUUUCCCUGUUUAUUCAUAUUUACCGAUCUUUCCCUGAUCAUCUCUCUCUCUCUCUCUCUCUCUCUCUCUCUCUUUAUUUAUAUUUAUCUAUCUAUAUAUCAAUCUAUUCAUUAUCUAUCUUUGUCUAUUCAUAUCUAUCUAUCUAUCUAUCUAUCUAUCUAUUUCAUCUAUUCAUAUCCUUCUAUCGCUCUCUGUUCGUAUAUAUCUAUCGGUCUCUUUCUCUCUGUUUCUCUUUCUCUCUCUCUCUCUCUCUCUCUCUCUCUCUCUCUCUCUCUCUCUAUCAUAAUACUUCCAUUUUUCCUUACAUUUUUAUUUUUAUUCCAUUUUUAUUCCCAUUUUUCAUUUAUAUUCAUUCUCUAUUUAUAUCAAUUUAUCUAUCUAUCUAUCACACAAUUCAUAUCAUCUUAUCUCUCAUUCUGUUCAUAUAUCUAUCUAUCUAUCUAUCUAUCUAUCUAUCUAUAUUAA